CCUGUGAGUAACUCUGAGGGGGCGUGGUCGUUAGGUAAGUCUAGGUUAUGGCUGCGCCCAUGUGGAGGCGUGGACUGGAGGAGAAGGGCCGAGGAUUCACUGACUCUGCUUGACACCCAGCGGCAUGGCGCAGCCCGAGGACCUGCUGCCUAAGGAUUUCCCGGAUCUGAAGAACGACACGUUCCUGCGCGCUGCUCGAGGAGAGGAGUGCCCCCAUGUUCCGGUGUGGUGUAUGCGACAGGCGGGUAGAUAUCUGCCAGAAUUUCGGGAGACUCGCGCCGCUCAGGAUUUCUUCGCUACUUGUCGGAGCCCCGAGAUCUGCUGCGAGCUGACAUUACAGCCGCUGCGCCGGUUUCCUUUGGACGCUGCCAUUAUCUUCUCGGACAUCCUGGUGAUUCCUCAGGCGCUGGGGAUGGAUGUCCGCAUGGAGCCAGGGAGGGGGCCGGUGUUUCCAGAGCCUCUUAAGGGCCCCGAGGAUCUGCAGAAGUUGAAGCCCACAGUGGACGUGUCUCAGGAGCUGGGUUACGUGUUCCGGGCGAUCACGCUGACUCGUCAUAAAAUAGCCGGGCAGGUCCCUCUAAUCGGAUUCACCGGCGCUCCGUGGACGCUGAUGACCUACAUGAUAGAAGGAGGAGGCUCCAAUACCAUGUCCAAAGCCAAGCGCUGGCUCUACCAGAACCCGAGCGCCAGUCACCAGCUGCUGCAGAACCUCACUGAUGUCAUUGUGGACUACCUGGUGGGGCAGGUGGCAGCCGGAGCGCAGGCCCUGCAGGUCUUUGAGUCUCACGCCGGAUGCCUCGGCCCCCGGCAGUUUGCCGACUUCUCGUUGCCGUAUCUGCGGGAAAUCUCUGGUAGAGUGAAGCAGAAGCUGAAGGCGGAGGGACUGGAGCAAGUGCCAAUGAUUGUCUUCGCCAAGGACGCUCAUUACGCAUUAGAGGAUCUCUCCCAGUCGGGUUAUGAGGUGGUUGGACUGGACUGGACGAUCCAACCCCAGGAGGCGAGGGAGAAAACUGGAAAGAGAGUGACGCUGCAGGGAAACCUGGACCCGUGUGCGCUGUACGCCAGCAAGGAAAAUAUUGAAGAGAUGGUGAAGAAAAUGCUGGAGGCCUUUGGGUGUCGAGGCUACAUUGCUAACUUGGGUCACGGUUUGUAUCCGGACAUGGACCCUGAGCACGUGGGCGCCUUUAUUUCUGCUGUUCAUAAGUACUCUGAUAAAAAGGAGAACUGAGGGCAGAACUGUCUGAUCCCAGUAGAAGAUGGAGAACGUGCAGGACCUGCUGCUUCAGGGGUUAAUAACGAGACGAUUCUAGCUGCACUGACCACCGCCUCGUCUGUUCUCCUCCGUGUAGAGAGGAGGUCGCCUCGUGUCCUUCUGAAGAGCUGGAGGAACAUGUUACAAUUACUGGGUGGAUGUAUCAUCAGGCAAUAGAAUAAACAGGUUUCUGGAGCCUCA